AGUGAUGGACUAAAUAGAAACAUGCAGAGUUUUAUUAAUACUCUGUGACCAAUCGUGAACUGUUCGCUGAACUCUAAUACAGAUAUUCUGCCAUGCGCAAUUUGGCAAUUUACAUAUUUAUGGAGAGUUCUUCACUAUGUCGUGUUAGCUGGUUUAAUAAUUACAGAGCAUUAUGAUUACUACGCUGCAUUUCCGCACUACUCAUAUAACGAGUGGUUUAGGUGUUGGCGACAAUGUUGAAAAACCGAAGUUAUGGAGGUAGUUAAAUUGCUUGGGACUUUGCGCUGGGUGAGAGAUCAUGACAAAUGCAGGCUGAGUAAGGGGCCAAUAUUAUGCAAUCUGUAUUAUGCUUGAAGACACUAGAUUUUGAAAGCUGCUGGAAUCCUACAGACAAUCGUAUUGGCGUGGCUAUGAAUGGUGGUAUUUACCAUGAGAAACAGGUUAAAGAAAUGUGUGCUUUACAUGCCCUCAACAAUCUCUUCCAAGAAUGUAAUGCAUUCAGCAAAGCUGAAUUAGACGAUAUUUGUUACUCUUUGUCUCCAAAUGACUGGAUAAAUCCUCACAAGUCAUUCCUUGGACUUGGGAAUUAUGACAUAAAUGUAAUAAUGGCAGCACUUCAAUUGAAAGGCUGUGAAGCAAUCUGGUUUGACAAGAGGAAAGAUCCUAAGUGUUUAAAUCUUCAUAACAUUCUUGGUUUUAUACUAAAUGUGCCAAGUGAUUACAAACUGGGAUUUGUGUUACUCCCACUCCGUCGCCGUCAUUGGGUGGCUAUAAGAGAGAUACAAGGAAGCUACUACAAUUUGGAUUCUAAACUUGAGUGCCCUCAGCUUAUUGGAAAGGCACCAGAAAUAUUGCUGUACUUGCAGCAACAGCUGGAGUGUAAAGAAAAGGAACUCUUUGUGGUGGUUGUUGCAGAAGUGGAACAAAAUCAGAGUUGGCAAGUGAACAAUGACAAUAGUCAGGCAAACAGUUCAAUUUGUGAAAAUGGUGUUGGCACAUCAGCAAGUGAUGGAAGUGCAAACUGUGUGUUGAGAACUUCAGAAAUGCACACUGUUAACUCUUCACAACUGAGAUAGCAUUAAGACUGUUUGGUUCUUAAUGUCUCAUUGAUGUUCAUUGAGAGUAGAGAUAAAUAAAUAUAUAUAUAUAUAUACACUGUUGUUCUCAUGUUCAGAAGUGUAACAUUACACAAUUUUUCUCAUGAAAGUGCUGGUUGAGUGAAUGUAGUACAAUUUGGUCAAAUGUGUUUUAUCUUUUUAUUACUGGGUGUUGUUGUAGAAAGGUGUUAAAAGUAUGUGGGGUAUGGUGUUAAGUUUGUUUUAGCAGUUACAACAUGCCUCAGAUUUAUAUUGAAACUUCAGGGCAUCACAGUAUUAACAUGUUGAAUUUUGUUAAAGUUAUAUUUAUUUUGUUUUUCUAAGUUUUGUUUGUGAAUAGUUUGUUUUGUGAGACUGCAGAAAUUUUUAUAUGAGUUGAAAUAGUUUAUCAGAAAAAGUGCCAUUAAUUUAAUUAAUAAAUCAGUAAAGAGAUAUUUAUUGAAUCACUUCUAGUAAUCU